AGCGUAUAUUUCUAUAAAACUCUCCACAAAACCCUAAUUCCACCUCCGUCUCUGGGGUACUCUCAGGCCGUCGAGAAUGUCGAAGCGAGGACGCGGGGGGACGUCUGGAAACAAGUUCAGGAUGUCACUGGGUCUGCCAGUGGCAGCCACGGUGAACUGUGCGGACAACACCGGGGCAAAGAACCUUUACAUCAUUUCGGUGAAAGGUAUCAAGGGUCGCCUUAACCGGCUGCCCUCCGCUUGUGUGGGAGACAUGGUGAUGGCCACUGUUAAGAAGGGUAAGCCUGAUCUCAGGAAAAAGGUUCUUCCUGCCGUCAUAGUGAGGCAGCGCAAGCCGUGGCGCAGAAAGGAUGGUGUCUACAUGUACUUUGAGGACAAUGCUGGAGUUAUUGUAAACCCCAAGGGAGAAAUGAAAGGUUCUGCCAUCACUGGACCCAUUGGAAAAGAGUGUGCUGAUCUUUGGCCAAGGAUAGCCAGCGCCGCAAAUGCCAUUGUUUAAAAAUCCUUGAUAGAACUUGCCUUUGUUGCCUUGGAAUGGUACUUUGUUCAGUCAGGAGGGAUAGAAGUGGUUGAAUGUGAACUCUGGUUGUUUUGGCAUUUGAGCUUUUGGUUCAUUUAAUUAAUGGUUGCAAUGGUCGAGACACGGUUCUACCCGUGAUAUCUUUUUAUUA